AUGGCACCUGAAUCUAAAAUUCUGGAAUUAAAAGUCCGCCCAUAUCAGCACAUCUCAGAAAGACCGGAUUUCAAAACUAAGGCUUUCCAGGAGGCAUGCGGGUUUAAAUUGAGUGAUGAUGUGAUCAUUGCUAGAGCAGGAAAGUUGGAGGUUGCAAAGGAUAUUCUGAUUAAGGAUGUCGCUCGUGCUGAGUUGAUUUACCCUGGCAUGACAUUUAGAGAUGUGAUGUACAGAAGAGAAAAGCGAACUUUUGAAGUUUUCUCCAUAGAUGGAUCGAAAUCUGGUGUUGCCAGCUUUUUUGAUGAUGGGUCAUCUUCUGUUAAGAUUGCAACAAUUGCUGAAAUCAGUGGAGCCGUAUUGGCCGCAAGCAAUGUUGAGCAAAAACCUCUUCAGGUUGUUGAUAUUGCUGGCAUCGAUCAAGCUCUCGGAAAACUGAACAAAUUCCUGAGUAAUUUCAACCGUCAAUUUUAUUUCACCAAAGUUCGUAGGUCACCUGCUGUUCUUCUACAUGGUGGAAGGGGAACGGGCAAAACCUUUGUCCUAGACAAACUCGCCAGUACAGAAUGGGGCAAAGUUCGCAAAAUUGAUCGUAAAACUAAACCUUCGGAAGUCCAGAAGAUUUUCAAGGAUUCAAAGAUUAACCAGCCAAGUAUUAUAAUCAUAGAUGAUCUUGAAUCUGUGGUUACAAAGGGUGGUGAACCACUGUUGGAUAUGACAGAGGCUAUUUGUGAAGGGUUUGAAGAUCUUGCUAAAGAUGAGCCUCCAAACUCUUUACCACAAGUCGUCGUGGCGGCGGCAACAUCUGAUAUGCUUAAAAUACCUGCCUCAUUACGAAAGCGAGGUAGGUUCACUACAGCUAUUUCUCUACCAGUUCCAGACGCAGCUGCCAGGAAAGCUAUUCUCAAGUCUCUCAAUCCUCAAAUGUGCCCUGAAACCCAGGAUGAGAUUCUUCAUGAUCUUGGAGAACGAACACAUGCAUAUACACCAGAAGAUCUCGCCCUUCUGUUAGAUGAAGCACACAUUUUUGCGGAAGAUAAGUUAGAUGCAGAGAACUUGCCGGAGCAGAAAUUCAUCGUUAAAGAGGAUAUCGAGCAUGCUCUCUUGGAAGUAAGGCCAAGUGCAAUGCAUGAUAUUACUUUGCGGCCACCCAAGGUUAAAUGGAGUGACAUUGGAGGACAAGAUAAAGUCAAAGAGGCUAUUCAACUUGCAAUCGAGACACCUUUCCAUUACCAAGAGAUCAUGCAAGAUUUUGGCCGUUCCCCAACAAAAGGUCUUCUUCUCUAUGGACCUCCUGGAUGUUCCAAAACACUCACCGCCCAAGCUGUUGCCACUGAAAUGGGUUUCAACUUCUUUGCUGUUAAAGGUGCCGAACUUCUCUCUAAAUAUGUUGGUGACUCCGAACGAGCUGUUCGAAAUAUAUUUUCCCGUGCACGUGCUGCAGCUCCAAGUAUUAUUUUCUUUGAUGAAAUCGAAUCCAUUGGUGGGAAGAGAGAUGGUAAAAAUUCGAAUAAUGGAGUCAACGUUCUUACUACUUUACUCAAUGAAAUGGAUGGAAUUGAGAGUUUAAAGGGUGUUACAGUACUUGCCGCAACCAAUAAACCUCAAGAUCUUGACUUAGCACUUCUUCGACCUGGUCGAUUUGAUGAACUUAUCUAUGUUGCACCACCUGACCUUGCUGGUCGGGAAGCCAUCAUUCGUGCUAGACAGCGCGAAUCUACUAUGGCAAAAGACGUUGAUAUAGCCGAACUUGCUCGUCUAACAGAGGGAUAUUCUGGAGCGGAAAUGGUAAGUAUCUGUCAAAAAGCCUUUGAUGCGGCUAUUGAAAGGCGUAAAAAGAAUGCGACGAUGGAACCGGCAGUGAUGAAUGACUUUUUGAUGGCAAUGCCGAAGAUCAAGAGACAGAUAACUCCGGAUAUGUUGGAGGAGUUUGAGAGAUGGGCCAGGGGAGAAUAG